CCGGUUGGGAGGAGGCCUACACGUUCGAGGGCGCCCGAUACUACAUCAACCACAAUGAGCGUAAAGUGACGUGUAAGCACCCGGUGAGUGGCCAGCCGUCCCAGGACAACUGCAUCUUCGUGGUGAACGAUCAGCACACCGCAGCAAUGACGUCUCAGGAGACAAAGGAACGAACAGCCAGCGACAGCUCCACCUGCAACACUGUGCCGAACCCCACCAGCCCCCUCUCCAGGCCCUCACGAUCAUCCAGGAAGAUUCACAACUUUGGAAAAAGGUCAAACUCCAUAAAAAGGAACCCAAACGCCCCUGUGAUGAUGCGCGGCUGGCUGUAUAAAAAGGCAAAUUCUGGGAUGAAGUUGUGGAAGAAGCGCUGGUUUGUGCUGUCCGACCUCUGUCUCUUCUAUUACAGAGAUGAGAAGGAGGAGGGCGUCCUUGGCAGCAUCUUACUCCCCAGCUUUCAGAUUUCGCCGGUGGUUCCGGAGGAUCAUAUUAAUCGCGCUUUCGCUUUCAAGGCGGCACACCCAAACAUGCGGACCUAUUACUUCUGCUGUGACACCAAUAAGGAGAUGGAGUUAUGGAUGAGGGCGAUGACUGGAGCGUCACUUGUGCACUCUGAGCCUGUGAGAAGAACAGGCAUCACCAAACUGGAUCAUCCCACCCCACAAGAGAUAAAUCACAUGGUGAACCAUCGUUUACUGAUCCGUCCAGAGACCAACAACAACCUGAAGAACAAGGAAAUGACACUCGGCCGGGGGGAGGAGAAAUCAGUGCGAGAAGCGGAGAGGUAUGGCUUCCAGAAGGAUGGCCAGGAGCGCCCCCUGACCAAGAUCAGCAGUGUCAAGCAUCAGUCCUGCAUAUCUGACUAUGACAUUCUGGCCGCGAGCACGGCAAAGUACAGAGCAGUCAACGUGAACGGUCCUGACAGCAGAGUCCACGAUGGGCAGGUUCACCCCUCAGAGACCGACUCCAGGACUAUCCAUCGUAACUUUGUGUCAGCGCAGUGUGAGGCCGACCGGGUCAUACAGAGAACCAACUCCAUGCUGCAACUGGAGCAGUGGAUCCGCACCCAGAGAGAGAAGAGCCCGGAGGAAGAGACCGGCGGAGUCCUGUCCUAUCAGACGUUACCACGGAAUAUGCCCAGCUACCGGGCGCAAAUGGUGCCACAUUACCCUGAAGGAUACAGGACACUGCCACGGAAUCUCAAGACGCGCCCAGACAGUGUGUGCAGCACUACAGGCAUGUUGUAUGAUCGGGCCAUGGUACCUGUAUCCGCUACGGGGGAGGAGAAGAGGCGGUCCGUGCGGGACGACACCAUGUGGCAGCUCUAUGAAUGGCAGCAGAGACAAUUCUACAACAAGCAGAGCACACUGCGGAGGCACUCGUCUCUGACCAGCCCCAAGACCAUGGUUCAUAUCUCUGACCAGACUCUGCACUCCAUCCCCAUGUCACCUUCUCAUGGCUCCAUAUCUGGUUAUCACACAUACUCCCCCCACCGGGCCUACCGCUCCGAGGUGUCCUCUCCGGUGCAGAGGGGCGACCUGACCAUAGAGCGACGGCCAAAGCCGCAGUCCAGUAAGAAUGAGAUUCUGACCCAUCAUCUUCAGAGGACGGUCGUCUAUGUGGACCACCAGAUGAAAGACAAUGAGCCUCUUAUCAGCAUGGUUCACACUAUGAUUGAGAACUCCGCGCUUAGACCACAGCUGUACCAGCAAAUGAAUCAGGAUGACUGCAGAACGACGGCAUACAAACACUGCAACGAGGAGCCAGACAUGGACGCCAAGCUGAGCAGACUGUGUGAACAGGACAAGGCAGUUCAGGCCCUGGAGCAGAAGUUGCAGCAGCUGCACAAGGAGAAGUACACUCUAGAACAAGCUCUGCUGUCCGCCAGUCAGGAGAUCGAGAUGAACGCUGACAACCCGACCGCUGUCCAGAGCGUGGUGCUGCAGCGGGACGACCUCCAGAGCGGCCUCCUGAGUACCUGCCGCGAGGUGUCCCGGGCCACGGCGGAAUUGGAGAGAUCGUGGAGAGAAUAUGACAAGUUGGAGCGAGAUGUCACCACCGCAAGAAACCAGAUGAGGGAAGAUCUAGAGCGUCUGGGGGAAGUGCAGACAGAGUCAGCCGGGAUCCAGCGGGCGCAGAUGCAGAAAGAGAUCUGGAGAAUUCAAGAUGUGAUGGAGGGACUGAGCAAACACAAGCAGAGGAGGCCGGAGACAGGUAACUCUGACCCCAAGCUGCUGUCCUCGGGGAUGAGUCCAGGGGAGGGGCCCGAUUACAGAUUGUACAAGAGUGAGCCCGAGCUGACCACCGUGGCUGAAGUGGACGAGUCCAACGGAGAAGACAAGAGCGACCUGACGCUGGACAUGGAGGCCAACAAAGGAUCGCACUUUCCAGUAGGAGUUGUACCCCCAAGGACCAAGUCCCCCCCGCUGGAGUCCAGCACCAUCGCAUCCUACGUCACCUUACGGAAGAGCAAAAAGCCUGACACCAAAUCG